UAAAUCUCUAGAAAAAGGGAAAAUCAAUAACUAAGAAACGCAGAAAGGGGGAAAAAAGAAAAUCCCUCACCGCCGCAAUCCUUCCAGCUAUUCUCGAAGUCCCGCUGCCAUGGCGUCCCGAAAAGGCGGAGUAUCUCUACCGGAACGGCGAGGGUCCAAGGCGGAAGGCAACAAAAACGGCAUAAUCUCCAGGUUUUCUCAGUCUUCCAUGGUGUCUCGAGGAAGAGAGGCUGCUUCGAGCGCGGUCUUCGUCUCCAAGAAGCUCCUCCGAAGCACUGGAAAAGCUGCUUGGAUCGCCGGCACCACUUUCGUCAUCCUCGUUGUCCCUCUCAUCAUCGAGAUGGAUCGCGAGCAGCAGAUGAACGAGCUCGAGCUCCAGCAAGCUAGCCUCCUUGGAGCCCCAUCCGUUGGCCCCCCACAUAAGUGAGUUAUCGGUCUCGUCGGUGCUUCAUGGAGGCUCAUCGGUAUUAAUUCCUCACUUGUAGCAGCUUCUUGCUCCUCUAGUUAAGUUGUUUAAGCUUGCAGAUAGAGUAGUUGCUUAGCGGUAGUUCCGAGAUUGUUGAUUAAUGAGUUGCAAAGGAACUGGUUGUCUCGUACUUUCUGAUGUCCCAUUAUUGGGAGAAAUUGGAAGUGGUUUUUUACUUCAAGUUCUUAAUGCACUAUGAAUCGGUUUAUUGAUACUUUAAAUUCGAAGCCUUAUUUACGAGGUACGAGAUUUAGAAUAAUACAUGCCAGAUUUCGAGCCCACCGCCCCCUUCUAAGUUCUAACUUCUAAAUCAGAAUACCUUGGCUUGAUGAAGUUGAUGUUGUAUUUUGAAAAUAAUUUAUGAUCUAUCCAAUACAUUUAUCUA